AUGUCACUCUCAGUGCGUGCCUGUGGGCUGCACCAGCGACUGUCUUCCCAAAGCGGGGCAGCAGGCAGAGCCAGGGGCAUGUCCACUUCCAGUGUUGGAAGCAUCUAUGGGGGAAGCCCCUCAAGCUUUGGAGGCAGCUUUGGAGGAGGUUUUUCUGCUGCGUCCAUGUUUGGUUCUCGCUCUGGCUUUGGUGGUGGCUCAGCAAGUUCCUUUGCAGGGGCCUCUGGCGCUAGUUAUGGAGGAUCCCUGGGGGAUGGCUUUGGAAGCCUGGGGGCAGGCUUUGGAGGAAGCCCAGGAGGUGGCUCCCUAGGUAUUCCCUCUGGCAGUGAUGGAGGCCUUCUUUCUGGAUCAGAGAAGGAAACCAUGCAAAAUCUUAAUGACAGAUUGGCUUCCUAUCUGGAUAAUGUUCGAGCUCUAGAAGAGGCGAAUACUGAGCUAGAAAAUAAAAUUCGAGAAUGGUAUGAAACACGAGGGUCUGGGGCUGGAGACCCCGGCUCACAGAAUGAUUACAGUAAAUAUUAUACGUUAAUUGAAGACUUCAGGAAUAAGAUCAUUUCUGCCAGCAUCGGGAAUGCCCAGCUCAUCUUGCAGAUUGACAAUGCCAAACUGGCUGCCGAGGACUUCAGAAUGAAGUACGAGAAUGAGCAGGCUCUGCGCAUGAGUGUGGAGGCCGACAUCAACGGCCUGCGCAGGGUGCUGGACGAGCUGACCUUGACCAGAGCCGACCUGGAGAUGCAGAUCGAGAACCUGACAGAAGAGUUGGCCUACCUGAAGAAGAACCACGAGGAGGAGCUCCAAAGCUUCCGAGAGGGCAGCCCCGGCCAAGUCAGCGUAGAAAUGGACGCCACCCCGGGAGUGGACCUCACGAAGCUCCUCAACGACAUGAGGGCGCAGUACGAAGCCAUCGCCGAGCAGAACCGGAAGGACGCGGAAGGCUGGUUCCUUGAAAAGAGCGGGGAGCUCAAGAAGGAGAUCAGCACAAACAAGGAGCAGCUGCAGUCCAGCAAGAGCGAGGUCACCGAGCUGAGGCGCACCUUACAAAACCUCGAGCUCGAGCUCCAGUCUCAGCUCGCCAUGAAGAAAUCUCUUGAAGACUCGUUGGCCGAAACGGAGGGCGAGUACUGUGGCCAGCUGUCCCAGCUCCAGGAGCUCAUCGGCUGCCUGGAGGCGCAGCUGCUGCAGGUGCGUGCAGACGCCGAGCGUCAGAGCGCGGAGCACCAGCGGCUGCUGGAAGUCAAGGCCCGCCUGGAGCUGGAGAUCGAGACCUACCGCCGCCUGCUGGACGGGGAGCCCGAGGGUGAUGGACUGGAUGAAAGUUCAUUUGUGACAGACUCCAAAUCUCAAGCACAGUCAAUUGCUUCCUCCAAAGACUCAAGCAAAACCCGAAAAAUCAAGACAAUUGUGCAAGAGGUGGUGAAUGGUGAGGUAGUCUCAUCCCAAGUUCAGGAAAUUGAAGAACUAAUAUAA